UGCGAAGCUCCUAGCGCUUAGAGAUAGUGCGCGAGGAUGGAUUUGCGACGCGCCCUCCUGGAGCAGACGCACAGCUGAGGCUAUUUAAAGGGCUUCGAGUGUCAACAACGCGUGCGAUUUCCUCAAAGCCUGAGGAAGGAAAGACGGGCCGUGAUGGCGGGUGUCGGGGCGAACGCCUCCGCAAAUCCCGCCUGCAAGAUUAUGACCUUUCACCCCACCAUGGAGGAGUUCCGGGAUUUCAAUAAGUAUCUGGUGUACAUGGAGUCUCAGGGAGCGCAGAGGGCCGGUCUGGCGAAGGUGAUCCCGCCAAAGGGCUGGAAGCCGAGACGCACCUACGACGACAUCGAUGACCUGGUGAUCGAAGCGCCCAUUCAGCAGAUGGUGGCCGGCCAAUCAGGGCUCUUCACUCAGUACAACAUCCAGAAGAAGCCGCUGAGCGUGCAGGAGUUCCGCAGGCUGGCCAAUAGCGACAAGUACUGCACCCCUCGCUACCUGAACUACGAAGAUCUCGAGAGGAAGUACUGGAAGAACCUGACGUUCGUGCCCCCCAUAUAUGGUGCAGAUGUGAGCGGGACGCUGUACGACGAGGACGUGGAGGAGUGGAACAUCGGCCACCUGAACUCCAUCCUGGACGUGAUCGAGGAGGACUGCGGCGUCUCCAUUCAAGGUGUGAACACCCCCUACCUGUAUUUCGGCAUGUGGAAGACGAGCUUCUCUUGGCACACGGAGGACAUGGACCUCUACAGCAUUAACUACCUGCACUUCGGAGAACCCAAGUCCUGGUACGCCAUUCCUCCAGAACACGGAAAGAGACUGGAGCGAUUAGCUACAGGUUUUUUCCCCAACAGCUUUAAGAGCUGUGAAGCUUUUCUCAGACACAAGAUGACCCUCAUCUCACCUUCUGUCCUGAAGAAAUACAGCAUCCCGUUUGACAGGAUAACGCAGGAAGCCGGCGAGUUCAUGAUCACGUUUCCGUACGGCUACCACGCCGGCUUCAACCACGGCUUCAACUGCGCCGAGUCCACCAACUUCGCCAGCCUGCGCUGGAUCGACUACGGGAAACUCGCCGUUCAGUGCACAUGCAGUAAGGACAUGGUGAAGAUCUCCAUGGACCCGUUCGUGAAACGUUUCCAACCAGACCGCUAUCAGUUAUGGACGCAGGGUAAAGACACCUGCUCGAUAGACCACACCCUGGCCACGCCCAGCUCCACGCCCGAGCUCCAGACGUGGCUCCAGAGACGCCGCAGGACAAAAACCAACAAGAGGGCGAGCUACCCGUGCACACGCUCCAAACGACUGAAAACCGUGCAGCCGUCGCUCGUCACAGAAAACGCCGCGAGACGGACGAGUGACCACGAGGAGAAAGAGGAGGAGGAUCAAAUCCCUCACGACGCAUCGCGCGUCUCAGAAGGGCCCGCUAGUCUGUGCCAACAGAUCUGCUUCGUCAAGGUCACACGAGUUGAGAGCAAUUUAUUGGCCCAGUCGUCUGAAAGAGUCCGGCCCCAAGCCCCGCCCCCUGCAAGAGAAGCCUCAGGAUCCAGAAAGGCUCUAACCUCUGCUGUUGAAGCUCCCGGUUCUGCUAUGGAUGACACGCCUGAACGCGUUUCCAGAUCCUCAUCAAACCGCGGUAAAGCGAAUCCGUCUGCCGUAAAACUCACCGGGACACCAGGCACCCGUGAAUCCGCAGAACAUUCCGGAGCUCCUUCAUCUGACAUGCCUCUCCUCACUCCUGAGGUCACGGAGGAUCCCGAGGGAAGGAAAUCUCCCAACAUGUCGUCAGAAAUGCCUUUACUAACCCUCGCAGUCCAGUCCGGGGAAAACAACACGGUUCCGCGUUCUAGAGAACCGGAAAAAUCCGCCUCGGGUCAUCUUGGUGAAGCUAGCUCCAAAGCUUCUUUACUCAAUUGGUGCUCGAAUCCGUCACAAGAUGUCGGGAGAUCUCUCGGCUCUGAUCCGGAUGCUAACAAGGAGCUCCACAGGAGGAAAAAAAGAGAUAGAGGUAGAUCAGUGUCGAAUAUCUCGCAUUACCCAGAAUCCAGUACUGAACUUUCCAGAAGUAGCUCGGUGAAGGAUUCUUUGUCUUCGUUCACCACCACCACGGAGUCUCCUUCCACGUCUUACGACCCGACCCCUCUCGACGAAGCCGACUUCACGUCUUCUGCAUUACCCAACCUCUUUGAAGACUGGAAGAACAUGAGCUACCAAAACGCAGAAGAUCUCACGGUGCCUUAUGCCUUGUGGGAGGAGCCUCGGUGCCAGCAAGUAAAGUGCCCCGAUCCUUCUGACUUUCUGGAGAAGAGCCUAACGUUUACUGAUCUGGAGUCCAGCGCGGUCCAUCGCUCAGGCACGGAGCUCCUCGGUUCUCCGGACAGGCCCUCGAGGUCGGACAGCAGCAGCGAGUCCGGCGAGGAGAACUCCAUGAGCGAGACGGAGUACGGAGAUUCGGGAACCGAGCCGGGCGAAAUCCGUAUACAGUACACCACGCCCAUGGCCAAGAGAAAGACGACCAAAAGUUGGCGCCACCCUUUGAGGAAACCCACUGCCAGGGCGGUUCCCAGUGCCGUCAAGCAGCAAGACAACAGUGAUGAUGAACCUAUAGAGGAGUGCAGCGCGGAGGAAGAAAUGCCGGAGGCCGAGGUCUGGGCGAGACCCCUGGUUCAUCUGUGGCACAGCAGGAAGUCUCACUUCCCGUCGGAGAAGGAGUACAACAUCGCGGCGGCGAAGGCGGCGCCGCACUGCGCCAUAUGCACGCUGUUCAUGCCGUACUAUCAGCCCGAAGAGACGAAAGACGAAUGCAGGCCAGAGGCCACGGCGAGGUCGCGACCUCUGAUUCCUGAAAUCUGCUUCGCGUACCGCGAGGGCUCAUGUCCCCCAAACACACUCCUGGAGGAAGAUGGAUCCAGUCCUCUCGUGGCCUGUCAACGCUGCUGCGUUCAAGUUCAUGCCAGUUGCUAUGGCGUCGCUACUCAUGAUGUCACUCAGGAGUGGACAUGUGACCGAUGUUCGUGUGGGGAUCUGAGCGCUGAAUGCUGUUUAUGUAACCUGAGAGGUGGUGCAUUGAAAAGAACAACAGACAACAGAUGGGCCCAUGUGAUCUGUGCUGUGGGUCUUCCUGAGGUCAAAUUCAUUGACGUGGUCAAGAGGAGUCCCAUCGACAUCAGCGCCGUCCCUGCACAGAGAUACAAGCUGAAGUGUAUAUACUGUCACAAACGGAUGAAGAAGUUGGCAGGCGCUUGUAUCCAGUGCUCCUGUGGGCGUUGCCCGACCUCCUUCCACGUCACCUGCGCUCACGCCGCGGGCGUCGCCAUGGAGCCAGACGACUGGCCGUACGUGGUGUUCAUCGUCUGCCACAGACACCAGUCACGGAGCUCCGGCACCAAAUCGAGGGUGAGCCGAACAGAGCUGAAGCAGGGCCAAACCGUGAUCGCUAAGCACAAGAACCUGCGCUACUACAGCUGCCGCGUGGCGAACGUCACGGCACAGACCUUCUACGAGGUCAUGUUCGACGACGGAUCCUUCAGCAACGACACCUUCCCUGAAGAUAUUGUAAGCAGAGACUGCGUUCAGCUCGGACCACCGGAAGUCGGCGAGGUCGUGCAGGUCAAGUGGCCCGAUGGGCUUUUUUAUGAGGCUAAAUACCUGGGCUCUAACACCACGUACAUGUAUCAGGUGGAGUUUGAAGAUGGUUCUCAGGUCCUGGCUAAGAGAGAGGACAUUUACACUCUGGAUGAAGACCUGCCCAAAAAAGUCAAAGGCCGUCUCUCUACAGCUUCCAGUAUGCGGUUUGAAGACACUUUCUUCACCACUCAGAGUGAGAGUAAAAGGCAGCGCACACCAAACUCUCGUUUCCAGAACGACUACGUGGCUGAUCCAAAUCCCCGCACGUCCACCUGCAGCAAAACUAACUGAGAGAGAGGGAGAGUGAGAGAGAGAGAGAGAGAGAGAGAGAGGUAAAGGUAGCUAAAAACUGUGAUGUUUUUUUCCCCUCACUGUAUAAACAACACACUUCUAGUCUGAGUUUGUUGAAGGUUAUGAAGUCUGAGAUGAACAAAAUAAUUUUUUCUUUUUCCGCUUUUAAUUUCUUUCCUCGAACAACGGCGAAGCAUUAAACUACGGGAAUAACGUCGUGUCCCUCCUGUGUAUGAUCUCCCUUCUCCUCGCUGUUCCAGUUCGCUCGAAUCUGCACGUCCCCCCCCCCCUCACUAACACUACUCCUGUCAUUGAUCCUGCUUCUAUAUCCAGCUGUUUUUUGGGGGAUUUUUUUUCUUGGACAAAAAGUUGCUACUGAUGGCCUCUAAAGCACAUUUUAUCCCCAUUAUUAUUUUCUGAGUUUUAUCUUUUAUUUAUUUGGAAUUUGAUUUUAUUUUUUAGUGGUGCUCAAAUCUGUAAAGGAAAUGAAAGAUAUCUGUAUGGAAGUCUGAAUUAUUGAUAUUUGAAUAAACAUACAUGUGAAUAUCCA